AAAAAGGUAGCUGCGUGCCAUUUGGUCAGCCAUGCUCCGAAGACCUGUCUGACCGCAACGACAAAAGAGCGGCAUUGCUGGAGUGACGACGGCAUGACGUUCUAGCAUUAAGGAUGGAUUCUGAGAAGAUGGCUGCUAAUGGCACUGCCGCCAAAACACAAGAUGGCCUCCGUGAGAACAAGGCGUCUGCUCCCACAGUGGCUGCCCGAGGUGCCUGUUCCUCAACAAAAGGUGCAUCAGAGGAAAGGGGCAAAUGGAGUGGAAAGCUGGACUUCGUCUUCAGCUGCAUCAACUAUGCCAUUGGCCUCGGCAACGUCUGGCGGUUCCCUUAUCUCUCCUACGAAAAUGGAGGAGGAGCCUUCCUGAUUCCAUAUUUUACGUGCCUCAUCUUGACUGCCAUUCCAUCCUUUUUUCUGGAAGUGGCUUUGGGCCAGUAUGUGAGCAAAGGUGGUGUUGGGGUUUGGAACAUGGUGCCAAUCUUCAAAGGCGUUGGCAUGGCAUCAAUGGUGAUGGUGUGCUUCUCCAAUGUGUACUACAUCAUCAUUGUGGCAUGGAUCAUGUUCUACCUCGUGUCAUCCUUCACGUCGGAGCUUCCUUGGGACAAGUGUGGAAACUACUGGAACACCGACAGCUGCCUGGAGCCAAAUGGAACUCUGCCUGGAAAUGUGUCCUUUGUGAAUCCUGUUCAGGAAUUCUGGGAGAGGAGGGUCUUGCAGGCCUCGGCAGGACUCCACGAAAUGGGGACCGUCCGAGGGGAACUUGCCCUUUACCUGUUCUUGGCCUGGGUCAUUGUUUACUUUGUGACUUGGAAAGGGAUUCACAAGAGUGGCAAGAUCAUCUGGUUCACAGCCCUGUUUCCAUAUGUCGUGCUGACGAUACUGCUCAUCAGGGGUGUGACUCUGCCAGGGUCAGGCACUGGCCUCCUGUUCUACGUAUAUCCAAAGUGGGAAAAGCUUUUGCACCCACAGGUCUGGAUUGCGGCUGCCACGCAGGUAUUCUACACCUUUGGCAUCGGCUUUGGUUCUGUGAUUGCCCUAGGCAGCUAUAACAAGUUUAACCACAAUUUCUUCAGAGACUCCAUGAUCCUGUGUUUCGUCAACCCAAUGACAAGUAUUUUGGCUGGAACUGUGAUUUUUUCGGUUCUGGGGCACAUGGCUUAUAUUUCUGGAAAAGACGUUGGUGAUGUUGUUAAGUCUGGACCUGGGUUAGCUUUCCUGGCAUACCCCGAGGUUGUGGCCAAAAUGCCUGCAGCCCCUGUCUGGUCUGUUCUGUUUUUCCUGAUGCUGCUCACUGUUGGUAUUGACAGCCAGUUCUGCACAGCGGAGGCACUUGUUGCUGGAUUUAUGGAUGUCUGGCCGUUCCUUGUGAAGUACCGCAAAUAUGUGACGCUGGUGUUCUGCACCAUCCAGUUUCUGCUCGGCCUCCCCAUGGUGAUGCAGGGUGGCAUCUACUUGUUUCAGCUCGUCGACAGCUAUGCCGUCUCGGGAAUCACACUGUUGACCAUCGUUUUCUUUCAAACUGUUGCAAUUUCUUGGUUCUAUGGUUCUCGCAGGUUCGCCAGCAACAUCAAAGAGAUGAUUGGGUAUGCCCCAAACCUGUUUUUCAAACUAGGCUGGGCUGUCUUCAUACCCUUCUUUUGUAUCACGAUAUUCACAUCGUCGAUUGUUCAGUACAAGCCUCCCGUGUACGCGAAGACCUACUUCUACCCCUGGUGGGGAGAGAUGAUUGGUUGGCUGCUGUCACUUGUUUCCAUAUCCAUGAUUCCGGCGUAUGCUGUUUACUAUGUGGUCAGCUCCAAGGGAUCCUUUUCUGAGCGCAUCAAAUGCGGACUGACCUCAACGUGUCGCAGAAGGCAAAGGGUUCCAGAAGGAGUACCUUUACACCCGGUGCCCUCCGACUCUGCUGACAACAAGAAUAGCUCCUGACUUGCCAUGCAAUACUCCCUUCCUUGUCAACGAGCAGUGUCUGACCAAAAUGAACAGUGGCCUCUUGGGAUGGUUUAGUCCUUGGGGGGCCGUGUUGAAUGAAAACAUACAAUUUGCUGGUUUGUGUUAUAAUAUCACUGCCUGUUAACCUCAGUUGCUUGUUUGGACAUUGAUUAGCAUUUCGUGUCACAGGAUAUUUUGCACAUUUUACCAAAUGUCAUUUCGGCAGUCGGCGAAUAAAGGCAUGCCACACAAGGCGACUGCUGAAGGACAUGUUAACAGCCUGGAUUUUGCACGCGAUUGCAGUACAAAUAGUAUUAGCGUUUUUGCUGCUUCAUUUUUUGUGUUUCGAAUACUAUUGCUUGCGAAACUUUGUCCAAUUAGGAAAGGGUUGUGUAAUAGUGUUCCGGCAUUUAGUAGUUUUUGAAUAGUGUAUUUAUAAAUAGUACAGUAUAGCGAGGCAUCUUUUGGACGUAAAUGUACAAUGUGAAAGUAUAUUGAAUGCACCAGUGUUAAGGUCCAUUCCUGCAUUCUAAACUUACUAAUAUAUUGAGCCAUGUGAUAACCCUGCAUUUACAUUGGAUUGGCAAUAAAACUUCAAUGCAAAUACACACUCCAUUAUGAUAAAGCGAUAAGUACGGGUAGCUUUGUCUGAACCCCAGGGCUCUCUGGGAAUAGCCCUGCACUACACGUC